GCCACCGCGCCGAGACCGCGCCGUGUUCCACUGACAACCUCUCUCCGGGGGAGGUAAAGGUGCCUUUGCGGUGGGAGGCCCCGCCCUGGAUACACACGCCGAGAUCCUCCCAGGCUGCUGGUAAAACCCACGAUGCGCCGACCGGAGAGUCCCAGAGCGAGGAAGAUGGAUCAGGUCCGCCUCACGCACUUAGUCCAGCAGGAGUCGGGGGGUGUAGGGGUGAGGGGCAGCGCCAGGGCCUUUGAAUGUGGGCAUACCCCCUCCGGAAUGGGUCCCUCCCCAAGGGAGGAAUGUGGACCCGGUUCGGGGUCCCUCAGCUGUGCCUGAGCAAGGACCACGCCAUCUUCCCCCCACCCCUCCCCUCUGUGACCACUUUUGAUCCCGCCCCAGACAAAGGCAAUCUGAACUCCAGCAUAAUAAGGGGAUCAGGUUGCUCUCUCGGCCUCCCCUCGCCGCCCCCCUACCCCCGCCCCUUCUCUUCUCCCCUUCCCCACGUGACUCUCUGGAAUCUUUGCCAAAGCUCCGAGUCCCUGGGUCCAUUUUCACACCGAGCAAAGGAGGGAGGAAGGAGGGAAGGGAGGCGGAGGAAGGCGGAGCGUGUGUCCUUUAAACGCGGGGAUCCAGAGAGGGCCUUAUUUUGUGCGUUUCCGGGCUCUCUGGUGCGAGUGGCGUUGAGUUCGAGGGUGCUAUCCAGCCUCUCCAGCUCUUUCCUCUGUGCGUUUAAAAUUAUGGCUCCUCCCCCACUCCUGUAAUCACACCUCCACCCUGCAGACCAGCUCCGGGGUGUUCGGUGCGGAGGUGCCUGUGGGCGUGGAGCAAGGCGCGCCCCCGCAGCGCUCCUCACCGGCUAGGGGCGGGCGCGAGAAAGUGGCGGCAGCGCCCCCGCGCCGCGCCCGCGUCUUUCCUCGGAAGCUUCUGAACCGUCGCCUGGAGGGAGCGCAGCCCGAGGCGGCGCCGGAGCCGCAGCGCCGGCGAGUCCCGCGAGCUGUUCGCAGCGCGGCGCAAAGUUUGCUGCGCGCGGCCCCCGGGGGCUGAGGUCCGCGGAGCCGGGGGGCCCGGCCAAGUAGGAGGGUGGGUGGCUCUUUCCGGGCUCCUGGCGACCCCCUCUGCCGAUGCAGCACCGACGUAGAGUGUCAAGCGAACUUUAAAAAGCUGCUUCGGAGGAACCUGCGCCGGGAUCUCCACGGUCGGGGACCCGGGAGCGGACGCGUCCAGCCGGAGGGAAAUCCUGGGAGAUCCGGUCAGCCGGUGACCGGCAACUUUCGGGCGAGACUUUGCAGCGGAGAACUGCGCUCAGCCUCCUCUUUCAUUCGCCCAAGCUCAGCCCGCGUUGGCGUCCGGCUUUGCAGGAGAGCUGAGCGCGCUCCCCACCCCGGCGGAGAGUGAAUUGAACCCCCCGCCCGCCCCGGCACCUCGGGGCUGGUGUGAGCGUCGCUUUCGGCCGGUCCAUCGCCUUGUUUCCCGGGAGGUAACUGCCCGCCGCCCCCCGCUCUCCGUGCGCCCCGGCCAGGGGCUCCGAAGCCAGCGUUUUGGCCGAGAGCUGGUUCUUGGAUGCUGAAGGCUGGGCUCCUCCAGCGUGGGUGCCGAGGCGGCAAUGGGUGUCUUCAAAGUGUGGCUUGGAGUGGCCCUAGCAUUGGCGGAAUUUGCAAUAUUGCCUCAUCAUUCUGAAGGUGCUUGUGUCUAUCAGGGUUCCUUGUUGGCGGAUGCCACAAUUUGGAAGCUCGAUUCUUGCCAGAACUGCCGUUGCCAUGGUGAUAUCGUUAUCUGCAAACCUGUGGUUUGCAGAAACCCUCAGUGUGCCUUUGAGAAGGGAGAAGUGCUUCAAAUAGCCGCCAACCAAUGCUGCCCUGAGUGUGUGGCGAGGACUCCUGGAUCUUGCCAUCAUGAAGAGAAAAUCCAUGGGCAUGGGACAGAGUGGGCCUCCUCCCCAUGUAGUGUGUGCUCUUGCACUCAUGGAGAAGUCCAGUGUACCCCGCAACCAUGCCCACCAUUGUUGUGUGGACAUCAGGAGCUGGAAUUCAUCCCUGAAGGAAGCUGCUGCCCAGUCUGUGUGGGCCCUGGCAAACCCUGUUCCUAUGAGGGCCGUGUGUUUCAGGAUGGGGAGGACUGGCCACUGAGUCCGUGUGCCAAAUGUGUGUGUAGAAAUGGGGUCGCCCAGUGCUUCACAGCUCGGUGCCAGCCUCUGUUUUGUAACCAGGAUGAAACUGUAGUCCGAGUCCCUGGAAAAUGUUGCCCACAGUGCUCUUCCCGAUCCUGCUCUGCACCUGGCCGAGUCUACGAGCAUGGUGAGCAGUGGAGCGAAAAUGCCUGCACCACAUGUAUAUGUCACCAGGGUGAGGUCAGAUGCCACAGACAGUCCUGCCCUCCACUAAGAUGCAAAAAGGGUCAGAAAAGGGCUCAGCGUCCUGGGCAAUGCUGUGAGGAAUGUGUGUCUCCUGCCGGAAGCUGCUUACACAAUGGUAUUGAACGGUACCAGGACGAAAUGUGGAAGGGCUCGGCCUGUGAGUUCUGCACGUGUGACCGUGGCCAAGUGACCUGCCAGACUGGAGAGUGUGCCAAAGUGGAGUGUGCCCAGGGUGAAGAAUUAAUUCACUUAGAUGGAAAAUGCUGUCCUGAAUGCAUUUCAAGGAAUGGUUAUUGCGCUUAUGAAGAAAAUGCAGAAUUUAUGUCCUCAAAUGCGAGUGAAGUUAAGCAUAUUCCAGAAGGGGAGAAGUGGGCCGAUGGCCCUUGCAAUGUGUGUGAGUGCCGGAGGGCUCAGGUCACUUGCUAUGAACCCUCUUGUCCGCCGUGUCCAGUGGCCACACUAGCCCAGGUGGUGAAGGGACGGUGCUGUCCAGAUUGCACCUCAGUUCAUUGCCACCCAGACUGCUUGACCUGCUCUCAAUCUCCAGACCACUGUGACCUCUGCCGCGACCCCACAAAGAUGCUGCGGAAUGGACGGUGUGUGCACAGCUGUGGUCUGGGAUUUUACCAGGCUGGUGCUCUCUGUUUAGCCUGCCAGCCUCAGUGCUCCACGUGUACCAGUGGGCUGGAGUGCUCAUCCUGCCAGCCUCCCCUGCUGAUGCAGCACGGGCAGUGUGUGUCCACCUGUGGGGGCGGCUUCUACCAAGAUCGCCACUCCUGUGCAGCCUGCCACGAGUCCUGUGCGGCCUGUUGGGGUCCCACGGAGAAGCACUGCUUGGCCUGCAGAGACCCCUUCCAAGUGCUGAGAGAGGGUGGCUGCAAGAGCAGCUGUGGUGAUGGGUUUUACAACAAGCAGGGGACCUGCAGCGCUUGUGACCAAAGCUGUAAGAGUUGUGGCCCCAAUAGUCCCAGAUGUCUUACCUGUACAGAGAAGACAGUGUUGCAUGAUGGCAAAUGCCUUUCUGAAUGCCCUGGUGGGUACUACGCUGAUGCCACUGGCAAAUGCAAAGUUUGUCAUAACUCAUGUGCCAGCUGCUCCGGCCCCACGGCCUCUCACUGUACAGCCUGCAGCCACCACCGGGCUCUGCGCCAAGGCCACUGUCUGCGCGACUGUGGAAAGGGCUUCUACGCUGACCACGGGGUCUGCAAAGCCUGUUAUUCAUCUUGCCUGACUUGUGUGGGUCCAGAGCCCUUUCACUGUACCCAGUGUAAGAAGCCAGAAGAAGGACUGCAAGUCAAGCAGGUGCCUGGGGCAAACCUCACCUCUGGCGAGUGUCUAUCCCAGUGUAGAGCCCAGUUUUACUUGGAGAACACUGGGCUGUGUGAAGCUUGUCACCAGUCUUGUUUCGGGUGUUCAGGGAAGAGCCACCAUAACUGCACAGCCUGCCGGCCUUCCCAUGUGCUGUUGGAUGGGCGGUGCCUCUCCCAGUGUCCGGAUGGAUACUUUAACCAGGAAGACAGUUGUACAGAAUGCCACCCCACCUGCAGGCAGUGCCACGGCCCCUCGGAGUCUGACUGCAUCUCCUGUCACCCUUAUGUCACUCUUGUUGGUGGAAAAUGCAGAACCAGCUGUAGAGAAGAGCAGUUCUUCAACCUUGUGGGGUACUGUGCUGACUGCCAUCCACUGUGCCAGCACUGUGCAGCUGAUCUCCACAACACUGGGAGCAUCUGUCUGAGGUGCCAGAAUGCCCGGUACCUGCUGCUAGGGGACCGCUGCGUUCCUGAUUGCCCUUCUGGAUACUACGCAGAGAGAGGAGCUUGUAAAAAAUGUCAUUCCUCCUGCAGAACCUGCCAGGGCAGAGGACCCUUCUCCUGCUCCUCAUGUGACACUGACCUCGUUCUGUCCCAUCUUGGUACCUGCAGCACCACCUGCUUUCCAGGGCACUAUCUCGAUGACAACCAUGCUUGUCAACCGUGCAGUACACAUUGUGGAAGCUGUGAUUCACAGGGCAGCUGUACCUCGUGCCGAGAUCCAAACAAGGUCCUGCUCUUUGGGGAUUGUCAGUAUGAGAGCUGUGCCCCACAGUACUAUCUUGACUUGUCUACCAACACAUGCAAAGAGUGUGACUGGAGUUGCAAUGCGUGCAGCGGGCCUCUGAGGACAGACUGCCUGCAGUGCAUCGAGGGCUAUGUUCUCCAGGACGGGGCCUGCGUGGAGCAAUGCUCCCCAUCGUUUUACCGGGACUCGGGCCUCUGCAAGAGCUGCAACAGCCACUGUCUCCAGUGCCAAGGUCCCCAUGAGUGUACCCGCUGUGAAGGGCCAUUUCUCCUCUUGGAAGCCCAGUGUGUCCAGGAAUGUGGGAAGGGGUACUUUGCAGAUCAUGCAGAUCACAAAUGCACAGCCUGCCCUCGGGCAUGCUUGCAAUGCAGCCGCAGGGACCGGUGUCACCUCUGUGGCCACGGGUUCUUUCUGAAGAAUGGCCUUUGUGUUUCCAACUGUAUUCCUGGCUUAUCUGCCCACUCUAAUGACACAUGUGCUGGCAAAACACACACCCCUAGUCUCCAUGUGAAUGGUUCCCUCUCCCUUGCAAUUGGUUCAAUGAAGCCCCUGGAUUUUUCCCUCCUGAAUGUUCAAGACCAGGAUGGCAAUAUGGAAGACCUCCUGUUCCAUGUCGUGAGCACUCCCACCAAUGGUCAGCUGGUGCUCUCAAGGAAUGGAAAAGAGGUUCAGCUCGACAAGGCCAGCCAUUUUAGCUGGAAAGAUGUGAAUGCGAAAAAAGUGCGUUUCGUGCACAGCAAAGAAAAACCCAGGAAGGGGUACUUUUCCCUGAAAAUUAGUGACCAGCAGUUCUUCUCUGAGCCACAGCUGAUCAACAUACAAGCAUUUUCAACACAGGCCCCCUAUGUGCUGAGAAAUGAAGCCCUCCAUAUUAGCAGAGGAGCGAGGGGAACCAUCACCACCCAGCUGCUUGACAUCCGAGAUGAUGACAACCCACAGGAUGUGGUAGUCGAAGUGCUGGAUCCUCCACUUCAUGGCCAGUUGCUCCAAACACUUCAGUCUCCUGCAAGCCCUAUCUAUCAGUUCCGGCUGGAUGAACUCUCCAGGGGCCUCCUCCACUAUGCUCAUGAUGGCUCAGAUAGCACAUCCGAUGUUGCAGUCUUGCAGGCCAAUGACGGACACUCCUUCCAAAAUAUACUGUUCCAUGUGAAGACCGUGCCCAAGAAUGAUGGAGGUCUUCGACUUGUGGCUAAUUCAAUGGUGUGGGUUCCAGAAGGGGGGAUGCUGCAGAUUACCAACAGAAUCUUACAGGCCGAAGCUCCGGGUGCCAGUGCCUCAGAAAUCGUCUACAAAAUUACACAGGACCACCCCCACUUUGGGGAAGUGGUCCUUCUGGUUAACAUGCCUGCAGACAGCCCCGCAGACGAAGGUCAGCACCUGCCUGAUGGGAGGACCGCAGCCCCCACCAGCACCUUCACCCAGCAAGACAUUGAUGAAGGCAUCGUGUGGUACCGGCACUCCGGAGUCCCAGCCCAGAGCGACUCCUUCCGCUUUCAGGUGUCCAGUGCCACAGAUGCCCACACUCAGCUGGAGAGCCGCGUGUUCAACAUCGCAAUCUUACCACAGAUGCCUGACGCACCUAAGCUCUCUCUGGGAGCAUCUCUCCACAUGACCGCUCGGGAAGAUGGCCUGACUGUGCUUCAGCCUCAUUCCCUGUCCUUUGUAAACUCCGAGAGGCCAAGUGGAAAGAUUAUAUACAAUAUCACUCUCCCUCUGCAUCCAAACCAAGGCAUCAUCGAACACAAGGACCAGCCUCACUCUCCCAUCCGGUAUUUCACACAGGAAGAUAUUAACCAGGGCAAAAUCAUGUACCGUCCUCCUACUGCAGCCCCCCACCUCCAGGAGAUCAUGGCCUUCUCCUUUGCUGGUCUCCCAGAAUCAGUGAAAUUCCACUUCACAGUUUCGGAUGGAGAGCACACAAGCCCAGAGAUGGUCCUCACCAUUCACUUACUUCCCACUGAUCAACUCCCGGCCGCGUUCCAGGUCACAGCUCCAUUGCUUGAGGUCAGCCCAGGCGGCAGCACUUCGAUAGGACUUCAGUUGGUAGUGAGAGAUACUGAGACAGCACCUGAAGAACUCUUCUUUGAGCUUCGGAAACCUCCACAGCAUGGCACACUCCUCAAGUACACAGCUGAGUCCCAAGGGCCCAUGGCCACAGGUGACACUUUCACAUAUGAGGAUAUUGAGAAAAAUGUUCUGCAGUAUCUACACGAUGGCUCCUCUGCCCGGGAAGACAGCAUGGAGAUCUCAGUCACAGAUGGCACCUCAGCCACAACGGUGGAAGUGAGAGUGGAGGUGUCGCUGUCAGAGGAUCGAGGGCCUCGACUGGCUGCUGGUGCCUCUCUGAGCAUUACUGUUGCUAGUAAAAGCGCAGCUGUCAUCACGAGGUCACACCUUGCUUAUGUUGAUGAUUCAUCUCCGGACCCAGAGAUCUGGAUUCAGUUAAGUUCUCUGCCCAUGUAUGGUGCUCUCUUAAGAACCUCAGGACCUGAGGUGGAAGAACUCUCAGAGGUUUCCAAUUUCACGAUGGAAGACAUCAACAACAAGAAAAUUAGGUACUUGGCUGUGUUUGAGACCAGUAGUCAUCUGGUUACUGACAGCUUCCAUUUCUCUGUCUCUGAUAUGGACCAUAACCAUCUGGACAAUCAGAUGUUUACCAUCAUGAUCACUCCUCUUGAGAAUCCACCUCCAGUCAUUGCUUUUGCUGACCUUAUCACGGUUGAUGAGGGAGGGAGAGCCCCACUCUCAUUUCACCAUUUCUUUGCUGCUGAUGAUCAUGACAAUCUUCAGGGAGAUGCUGUCAUUAAACUAAGUGCUCUGCCCAAGUACGGCUGCAUUGAGAACACAGGAACAGGUGAUCGUUUUGGCCCUGGAAUGACCAGUGAUCUAGAGGCAUCAUUCCCUAUUCAAGAUGUCCUGGAAAACUACAUUUACUACUUUCAGAGUGUUCAUGAAAGCAUUGAGCCAACCCAUGAUAUUUUUAGCUUUUAUGUAAGUGACGGAAACAGUCGUUCAGAAAUCCACAGCAUCAACAUCACUAUCGAGAGGAAGAACGAUGAACCUCCCAAGAUGACCUUGCAGCCCCUCAGAGUGCGGCUCAGCUCAGGAGUGGUGAUCAGCAACGCUUCUCUGAGCCUGCGAGACCUGGACACUCCAGAUAAUGAGCUGAUUUUUGUCCUGACGAAAAAGCCUGACCACGGCCAUUUACUUCAAAGGCAAACUGCUUCUGAGCCUCUGGAGAACGGGAGGGUUUUAGCCCAGGGCUCCUCCUUCACCUACCAAGACAUCCUGGCUGGGCUGGUCGGGUACAUGCCUGGUGGUACUGGUGUGGCAGUGGAUGAGUUCCAAUUCUCCCUCACUGAUGGCCUCCACAUGGGCACAGGGAGGAUGGAGAUAUACAUAGAGCUACCUACAGGUGACACCCCCAACUUGGCUGUAAACCGAGGCCUCCAGCUCUCCGCAGGGUCUAUAGCACGCAUCACAGAACAGCACUUGAAAGUGAUAGAUACUGACUCAGAUGAUGGUCUGGUGAUGUACAUCAUGAAGGAGGAUCCUGGUGCCGGGCGCCUGCAGAUGGUAAAGCAUGACGGUCUGGAGCGAAUCUCCGUUCAAGGCCCCAUCCGAAGUUUCACCCAGGCUGACAUUAGCCAAGGCAAAGUAGAAUACAGUCAUGGAAAAGGAGAAUCUGGAGGGAACUUUGCUUUUAAAUUUGAUGUGGUUGAUGAAGAAGGCAACAAAUUGACUGACCAGUCAUUUUCCAUCAGUGUUUUGGAAGACAAAUCCCCACCAGUCAUCACCACCAAUAAAGGGCUGGUCUUAGAUGAAAACUCAGUGAAGAAAAUCACUACUCUGCAGCUCUCUGCCACUGACCAGGAGAGUGAGCCUGCAGAAUUGAUCUACAGAAUCACCAGACAGCCCCAGCUGGGCCACCUGGAACUUGCAGCAUCACCGGGUAUCCAGAUUAGUUCCUUUACUCAAGCUGACCUGACUUCACGUAACGUUCAGUAUAUCCAUUCCAGUGAGGCUGAGAAACAUUCAGAUGCCUUCAGCUUUACGCUGUCUGAUGGAGUCAAUGAGGUGACUCAGACUUUCCAUAUCACUCUUCGCCCUGUGGAUGAUUCACUGCCCGUUGUACACAACUUGGGGAUGCGGGUACAGGAGGGGGUGAGGAAGACCAUCACAGAGUUUGAGCUCAAGGCUGUGGAUGCAGACACAGAGGCUGAGUCUGUCACAUUCACCAUUGUGCAGCCGCCACGCCAUGGCACCAUCGAGCACACCACCAGUGGGCAGCGUUUCCAGCACACCUCCACCUUCACCAUGGAAGACGUCUACCAGAACCGGGUCAGCUACAGCCAUGAUGGCAGCAACUCCCUCAAAGACUGGUUCACCUUCACCGUCACUGAUGGGACAAAUUCCUUCUUUAUUAUUGAGGAAGGAGGAAAAGAGUUGAUGACAGCAGCACCUCAGCAGUUCCUAGUAGACAUCCUCCCAGUAGAUGAUGGUACUCCUAGAAUUGUUACCAACCUGGGGCUCCAAUGGCUGGAGUAUAUGGAUGGCAAGGCAACCAACCUGAUCACCAAGAAGGAACUGCUGACCAUGGACCCGGACACGGAGGACCCGCAGCUUGUCUACGAGAUAACGAUGGGCCCCAAGCAUGGCUAUGUGGAGAACAAGCUGCAGCCUGGCAGAGCUGCUGUGACUUUCACACAGGAGGAUGUGAACUUGGGGUUGAUUCGGUAUAUGUUGCAUGAGGAGAAGAUCCGUGAGAUGAUGGAUAGUUUUCAGUUUCUGGUGAAAGACAGUAAACCAAAUGUGGUCCGUGACAAUGUCUUCCAUAUCCAGUGGUCCCUCAUCAGCUUUAAAUAUACCAGCUACAAUGUCAGCGAGAAGGCGGGGUCUGUCAGCAUCACAGUGCAGAGGACUGGGAACCUGAACCAGUAUGCCAUCGUCCUUUGUCGCACCAAACAAGGCACCGCCAGCUCCAGCUCCAGGGUCAGCUCCCAACCUGGGCAGCAGGACUACGUGGAGUAUGCUGGCCAGGUGCAGUUUGAUGAGCGAGAGGAUACCAAAUCCUGCACCAUCGUCAUCAAUGAUGAUGACAUAUUUGAGAACAUCGAGAGUUUCACCGUAGAGCUCAGCAUGCCAGCAUAUGCCCUAUUAGGAGAGUUCACCCAGGCGAAGGUCAUUAUCAAUGACACUGAGGACGAACCCACAUUAGAAUUUGAUAAGAAGACCUACCGGGUCAACGAGAGUGCUGGUUUUCUGUUUGCACCUAUUGAAAGAAAAGGGGAUUCAAGCAGCAUUGUAUCUGCAAUUUGUUACACAAUUCCUAAGUCAGCUAUGGGCAGUAGCCUCUAUGCUCUAGAAUCAGGAUCUGAUUUUAAAUCUAGAGGGAUGUCUGCUGAAAGUCGUGUGAUAUUCGGGCCUGGUGUCAUCAUGUCCACCUGUGAUGUCAUGCUUAUUGAUGAUAGUGAAUAUGAAGAGGAAGAAGAGUUUGAGAUUGCCCUGGCAGAUGCUUCUGAUAAUGCCCGCAUCGGAAGGGUGGCGUCAGCCAAGGUGCUCAUUAGUGGUCCCAAUGAUGCCUCCACUGUGUCCCUGGGCAACACAGCUUUCACUGUCAGCGAGGAUGCAGGCACAGUGAAGAUUCCAGUUAUCCGCCAUGGAACUGACCUUUCUACCUUCACGUCUGUCUGGUGUGCCACGCGGCCCUCGGACCCCGCUUCUGCCACUCCAGGAGUUGACUACGUUCCCAGCUCUAGGAAGGUGGAGUUCGGGCCAGGUGUCACUGAGCAGUAUUGCACCUUGACUAUCUUGGAUGACACUCAGUAUCCAGUAAUUGAAGGGCUGGAGACAUUUGUGGUUUUCCUCAGCUCAGCACAAGGGGCCGAACUGACCAAACCCUUCCAGGCUGUCAUUGCAAUUAAUGACACAUACCAGGAUGUGCCCAGCAUGCAGUUUGCCAAGGAUUUGCUCCUAGUGAAGGAGAAGGAGGGUGUCGUGCACGUGCCUAUCACUCGCAGUGGAGACCUGAGCUAUGAAUCAUCAGUGAGGUGCUAUACUCAGGGUCAUUCAGCUCAGGUCACAGAGGACUUUGAGGAGAGAAGAAAUGCAGACUCUUCGCGGAUUACAUUUCUGAAAGGGGAGAAAAUGAAGAACUGUACUGUCUUUAUCCACGAUGACUCCAUGUUUGAGCCUGAGGAACAGUUCAGGGUCUACCUUGGCCAUCCUCUUGGAAACCACUGGAGUGGAGCCAGAGUUGGAAAGAAUAACAUGGCCACCAUCAUCGUAUCCAAUGAUGAAGAUGCGCCCACCAUUGAGUUUGAAGAGGCUGCAUACCAAGUCCGGGAACCCUCGGGGCCAGAUGCCAUGGCCAUCCUGAACAUCAAGGUGAUCCGCAGAGGGGAUCAGAACAGGACAUCCAAGAUCCGCUGUAGCACGCGGGAUGGGUCUGCCCAGUCUGGUGUGGAUUAUUACCCAAAGAGCCGAGUCUUGAAGUUCAGUCCCGGUGUGGAUCAUAUCUUUUUCAAAGUCGAGAUCCUGUCCAAUGAAGAUCGGGAAUGGCAUGAAUCUUUCUCCUUAGUCCUUGGCCCAGAUGACCCAGUGGAAGCAGUUCUUGGCGAUGUGACCACUGCCACAGUGACAAUUCUAGACCAGGAGGCAGCAGGGAGUCUCAUAUUGCCAGCACCACCCAUCGUUGUCACACUUGCUGACUAUGACCACGUGGAAGAGGUUACCAAGGAAGGAGUCAAGAAAUCUCCCUCCCCAGGCUAUCCACUGGUCUGUGUCACCCCUUGUGACCCUCAUUUCCCCAAGUAUGCCAUCAUGAAGGAACGCUGCAGUGAGGCUGGCAUCAACCAGACAUCCAUGCAGUUCAGCUGGGAAGUGGCUGCCCCCACUGAUGGCAACGGGGCCCGGUCUCCCUUUGAGACGAUCACUGACAACACACCAUUCACCAGUGUCAAUCACAUGGUCCUGGAUAGCAUUUACUUCAGCCGGAGGUUUCAUGUGCGUUGUGUGGCAAAGGCGGUGGACAAGGUGGGCCAUGUGGGGACCCCCUUAAGAAGCAACAUUGUUACCAUCGGAACAGACAGUGCCAUUUGCCACACCCCAGUGGUGGCUGGGACAGCGAGAGGCUUCCAAGCUCAGUCCUUCAUCGCAACCUUGAAAUACCUGGACGUCAAACACAAGGAGCAUCCGAACAGAAUCCACAUUUCGGUGCAGAUCCCACACCAGGAUGGAAUGCUGCCCCUUAUCUCCACCGUGCCAUUGCACAACUUGCAUUUUCUGUUAUCUGAGUCCAUCUACAGACACCAGCACGUCUGCUCCAACCUCGUCACCACCCGUGACCUAGGAGGCAUCUCAGAGGCAGGGUUCCUGGAUGACAUGGUCUAUGACAGCACAGCCCUGGGGCCUGGCUAUGACCGUCCCUUCCAGUUUGACCCCAGCGUGCGGGAGCCCAAGACCAUCCAGCUCUAUAAACACCUGAACCUGAAGAGCUGCGUCUGGACCUUUGACGCCUAUUACGACAUGACUGAGCUAAUUGAUGUCUGUGGGGGGUCUGUAACUGCUGACUUCCAGGUGAGAGACUCUGCUCAGUCGUUCCUGACAGUACAUGUGCCUCUCUAUGUAUCCUACAUCUAUGUGACAGCCCCCAGGGGCUGGGCCUCCUUGGAGCACCACACUGAGAUGGAGUUUUCCUUCUUCUACGACACUGUUCUCUGGAGAACAGGAAUCCAGACAGACAGUGUGCUCUCUGCAAGGCUUCAGAUAAUAAGAAUCUAUAUCCGAGAGGAUGGUCGUCUUGUCAUUGAAUUCAAGACCCAUGCCAAAUUCAGAGGACAGUUUGUGAUGGAGCACCACACCCUCCCUGAUGUGAAGUCAUUCAUAUUGACUCCAGACCACCUAGGAGGAAUUGAAUUUGACCUGCAGCUACUGUGGAGUGCUCAGACCUUUGAUUCUCCAUAUCAACUCUGGAGAGCCACAAGCUCUUACAACAGGAAGGACUACUCAGGGGAGUACACCAUCUACCUGAUCCCGUGUACGGUGCAGCCCACACAGCCGUGGGUUGACCCGGGAGACAAGCCUUUGGCCUGCACUGCGCAUGCCCCAGAAAGAUUCCUGAUACCCAUUGCAUUCCAGCAGACCAACCGGCCGGUACCAGUUGUGUAUUCACUCAACACUGAAUUUCAGCUCUGCAAUAACGAGAAGGUGUUCCUAAUGGAUCCCAACACAUCUGAUAUGUCACUGGCAGAAAUGGAUUACAAAGGGGCAUUCUCAAAAGGUCAGAUCCUUUACGGUCGAGUACUUUGGAAUCCAGAACAAAACCUUAAUUCUGCUUACAAACUCCAGCUGGAGAAAGUCUAUCUUUGUACUGGCAAGGAUGGCUAUGUGCCUUUCUUUGAUCCCACGGGGACAAUCUACAAUGAAGGGCCACAGUAUGGAUGUAUUCAGCCAAACAAACACCUAAAACACAGAUUCCUGCUGCUGGACCGCAGUCAGCCAGAGGUAACUGACAGGUACUUCCAUGACGUGCCCUUUGAGGCCCACUUUGCUUCCGAGCUGCCUGAUUUCCAUGUGGUCAGUAGCAUGCCAGGUGUGGAUGGAUUCACCUUGAAAGUAGAUGCACUCUACAAGGUGGAAGCAGGACACCAGUGGUAUCUCCAAGUUAUCUACAUCAUUGGCCCUGACACCAUCUCAGGGCCCCGGGUCCAGCGCUCUCUCACGGCCCCUCUGAGGCGCAACCGAAGGGACCUGGUGGACUCCAGUGGCCGGCUGACCCUUGACGAUUCCCUCAUCUAUGAUAAUGAAGGGGACCAAGUCAAGAAUGGUACCAAUAUGAAGUCCCUGAAUCUGGAGAUGCAAGAGCCAGUUGUGGCUGCUUCUUUAUCCCAAACUGGGGCAUCCAUUGGCAGCGCCCUUGCUGCCAUCAUGCUUCUACUUCUGGUGUUUUUGGUGGCUUGUUUCAUCACCAGGAAGUGCCAGAAGCAGAGGAAGAAACCACCCACAGAGGACAUUUUGGAGGAAUACCCUCUGAAUACCAAGGUGGAUGUGCCCAAGAGGAGCCCAGACAGGUUGGAGAAGAACAUGCACAGACAGUACUGCACUGUGCGCAAUGUCAACAUACUGAGUGAGACCGAGGGGGCUUACGCAUUCAAAGGUGCUAAAGUAAAAAAGUUGAAUCUGGAAGUCAGAGUUCACAACAAUUUACAAGAUGGAACAGAAGUUUAAUGGAAGAGACCCAUGUGUAUUUUUUUCUAAAAUCAUUUUUAUGAAACAGGAGAAAAUACUGGUAUUUUUGUAAUCUUGCAGAUUAAAAAGGGAAAACUAUAGCUUUGAGUGGCGGAAGGCACACAUCACAUGCAUCCACUCACAACUGAGCUACCUCAUUAAACAGAGAACCACUGAGACCCCCAGAGUAUUGGAGUAGUUCUUUCUGUGGAGCCCUUUAAGAGUCUCAGCAGCUACAAUUGCUCCUUCUGUAAGGCCGAUCUUAGAAAGCGGGUGCUUUAGUGUUAGGACAUGGGUUAGACUGUUAGGUUAGCUGAUGGAGUUCAGAGGACUGGGGAAGGUACAGUGGUGGGUUCAGGGCCUUUGGUUUUCUCCUGCACCUCCAGCUUUCUCCUACCAGGGCCUUUCCUGGGCCUCUGGACUGCAGAGUUCAAAUUGCUGUCACCCAGAUUCCAUUCAAAAUUCUGCUCAUCAGCACAACCUAUAUAUCUGCUCAUUGUAUCCACUGGAGCCUGCACUCCAUGGCCUCCAACUCUACUUUGCAUUUCCAGAGUCCUUUUCACCUGGGGGUUAAGGCCUCUAGACUAGAGCACUUCCCCGCAACUCACAGGAGAAACCUUGGUCCUCUCCUGGGGACAUCAGGCACAAUGGAACCCCCUUUACAGAGGGGGACACUAAAACCUGGAGAAAGGAGGGGCCUGGCAAGCACCUCAGAGCACAUUAGUGACGUGCUCUGCACCUAGGCCCAGGGAGAUGUCCUUGUGCUCUGCUGGUUUACACUUCACUGAGGAUGCAUCAUGACAUCCCUCCCUGAUGAAGGAUGCUGCAAAACAGUAUCACUGCACCUGGCCUUUUUAUUCUACAUUGCCAUGGAUGCUUGAAAAACCACCACACUGCCUGCUACCCCAGGCUUUGCCCAGUCCAAUAAUAGACAAGCCCGUGGGCUUUGCUAGCUGUGGGUUUUUUAUUUUGCUAGGGUUUCAGGAAAGUAAGUGAUUCAUUUGAAUAAAGCAAAUUAGGAGAAAGCCCAGGUCAGGGUGAAGUCAGAGAUAUUAGAUGCCACCUAGUACUCACAGCAGAUAAAGCACUAGUACUCGCGGCAGAUAAGGUAUGAGUACUCGCAGCAGGUAAGGCACUAGUACUCACAGCAGAUAAGGUACUAAUACAGCAGAUAAAGGCUCCGUUCCUGGUACAGUAUUUCAGGGAUUUCUCUUUUGGGGGUUUCUUUUCUGGUAGCUCAGGCAUUUAUUUUACCAUCUUAGCACAUGACAAGGCCAUAAACAUAUGGCUUUAAAAUGAUAUAGUGUUCAGAUAGUAGCUUAAUGAUUUUGUAUGUAGUGAGCACACAGCUUGCUUUUGUGUUUCUUUUUUGUUUCUGCCUUAUUGGCAAAAACAUAAGCAUGUACAUCAUGUUGUUUUGAACUGGAAGCACAAUUCCAUUAUUCAGGAGUAAACGACACGUUCUCUUCCAGAUGCAUCGCACACCAUCAUCACGGAGCAUGUAACAGAGUGUUCACGUUGUGUAAUAUUUGUAGUAGAGUAAUCCAAGCUCUUUGAGAACAUUCCAAACUGGAAACACUUUGGUCCUAAAACCUAGACAGAUGAACCGUGAAAGGUCUUAGGCAUCUCUCCUAGGCUCCGAGCUCCUCGAGAGAAGGACCUGUGUGAGCAUGCCUCUGGUUCUUCAGCAGUGCCUUGCACAUAACAAGCACGCCUGAAAUACUUGUUAAGCAAUCAAAUGAAUGGUGUCAUGGGUGAAUGACAGAGGAAUAAAUUUAGGAAGGGGAGGUGAGAGAGUAUGGUGGCAAUAGCACAGAACUGUCUCUUCUACUUGGGUUAUUAAAUAAUCUUGUUGGAACAAGAAGCACCACUUGACAUAGGCGUCAAGCCGGCAGUGGUCUUGAGGAGAACUGAGCAGAAUGGUCAUGGUAAUAUAUUAGCAGGAGGUGAGACUGUGCGACUCAGUCUGCAGAGCAGAACAUUUGGAGGAGAGUCUGACCUAGCGUUCUGAGAUGAGUGUAAAGUUUUCAGGGGAGGAUGAAUUGGAGUGAGUGAGCCCAUGAAACUCCUGACUGGUCAGGUGCUACUUGAGACCGGCAUGAGCAAUUUGGGGCAGAAGUUCUGUGUCAACCUCAUGAACAUCCAGAAUUGGUGUCUCAUGGCUGGAGAGCCCAUCAGCUGAGCAUGGAAUCUUCUCUAGAACAGCCCAGAAGGUUAAUGCUAAUUCUGCAAGGACAGGAAGCCAAUCAUUUGUGGAGCAACUUUUGAUUUGCCUGUUAUUUAUAACUGCUCCUAGUGCCAGAGGGCAUACACAUUAAAGACACACCUUUCCAUGUGCUCAAAUAUUCUUGCACAUCCCUUCCAUUACUACUAAAUAGGACACACUCACGGGAAGAGAGCAGACAGGAGGCAGAAUGAAGCUAGUGUGGGAAGGAAUGGAGACGGAGAUCUCAGAGUGCUCCUAGCAUCCUCUAUGGACAUGGUCUUGAAUGACAAGGCAGCGUUCUGUGAGGACCUUGAGAUAGCGAAUUAUCUGUGUGAAAGGAAAGCCCUUGGAAUAUUCCUGUCUCUUUCUUUCUGCCCUUCCGCCCACUACAUACACUUAAUCAAAUGCUCGUACUUCUCUAGACAAUACACACUUGUUAACUAGAAACUGUUAAGAGAUGUGAAGUUGAGAUUCACUCCUUUGAUACAGAAUUUUCCAUUUUGUUUAUGUUUAUACUUCAUAUUAGGGAUCAGAUAAUUUGGCGACUGAUGUGGGAUUAUAUUUCAGUCAAAACUCUCCUUUCAAUUUCUCUAACUUGCUCACUAAUACCUUGUGUGUGCUUUACUAACCUUGUAUACCAUGCCUCGAGAUGAGAAGGAACAAAAAUCCCUCAGGGGUUGCUAUUUGCCAUCACAUGCUGACUGUGAAGGUUAAAAGAAGGAAGAGUCUGCACCUUUUUUCUGCCUCACUACCCUUUUAUUGUAACCCAGGCCUCCAGAGGACUCCUGCAGGUUCCUCGUGUUGGAUGGGAAAUAGUGUUGGAAUGUGUUUGCGCAGUCUUAUGAUAUUCCAUCUCAGUGUCUUAUAGGUAUUCAUUCUUCUUGGAUACUACACACCUGCUCAGACUGAGUAAAACAUUUGUGGUGCUGUCAACCUGAUUUCUUGACUCUCAAAUGAUUUUUGUAUUUCCAAUACCAAUUUGUGUGUUAUGAAUUUCUGAUUUCUCCAAUAGCAUAUGCCACUAUA